AUAGAUUUCGCUCUGUUCCAUUUGCCCUGGUGGUGUUCUAUGUUUCUGCCCCGGUGGCCUCUUUAUUGCUUACAUUCACUAACUUGCAGUACCCCUUGAGAUAUCCUAAUUCCCUUUUAGUUGAUACUAAGAUACCCAUCAUGUCAGAACGUUCGUGUCCGGUCUCCGGUUCCGUUGGCGGGCAAUGUCCAGUCGGCCAUACGAACACAAGCAGGAGUAAUAGUCGAAUGGGCCCCCGAGGCUGCUCGUUCUCUGGCUACAGUCAACCAGGAGAUAUACACGCAGCAUUCGAUAUCCCACGAGGAGUUGAUGCUGAAGAGUGGCUUCGAAUGAGAGAACGCAAAUCAAUAAAUCAGCUGCUGUACAAUAACAUUCCAUCUGUCCGGGAAAUCGACGCGGCCAAAACUCAGGCAGAGAUCGAUGCGUUCAACGCUCAUGAACAGGACCUGUUAGCUGUGGCGUUGGGAGCGCCAGCUAGACAAGUCAUGUUGAGAGCGGAGGAAAUUGGCCCCAAGACCGGCUGGCUUGAUGGCUAUCUCAGCGCGGAGCAUGGAUUCUGUCCCCCGGACUACGAAGAGGCCAUCGGUGCUUUAUCGAGGACUCCGGGUAGAAUAUGGGCUGAUCUUUGCGAGCGAAUGCCUGGUUGCGUUGCAAGAGGGCGUGUCCAAGAAUCCGUUGCCGCGCUCGCUCUUGUGGAGGGUACCAAAGAAGUCAUUCCAGACCAGGCACUAUGGGCAGCCUUAGUAGCCUUAGGGAUGUUAUGCUCUAUCUAUCGCUUCGUAUCCAAAUAUGAUGGCAGCGAAGGAAUUUCUUCUGCUCUCCCUAAGAAGAAGCCGCCGAACGUCCCUAUGGGUGAUGAGCUUGGUGAAGAGCUUGUCGCUAUCCCGCUGUGUAUAGCGUUGCCGUAUUAUCAGAUCUCGCGACGCAUGGGUCGAACACUUCCACACCUCACGUUUCCCGACCAAUCCAGCUAUAACAUCAAGAUCAGAGACCCUACUUCAACCUAUCCUUACGUUGCACGUUCUGAGAACAUAGACCUCCGAUGGUCAAUGUUCGGCGAGAAAGCCGAGGUAGCUUUUCUCAAGGGUUGCGCCGAUACAUCAGCAUCUUUCCAGCAUGGGCCGGAUGCUAUCGCGGCGUGCCAAGAGCAUGUCAUGAACAAGAACAUUGAAGGACUUUUACGCGAAAUGAUUCGAUUAAAGGAGAUCCUGGAGCGCAUGCCAAACGCCUUUCACUCCAUCAACGUUAACCCAAACUCGGGAGAGAACUAUGUCCCUGUGCACCAAUGGGUUCGUUGGGCCAAGUUCUCCGCUCCACUGUCUAAGAGAUGCCCGGCUUCUUCAGGUUUACAAUUCCCUCCCUACCUUGUCAUGGACGCUUUCCUUGGUCGCAAAAAAUACAACUCUUUCCUUGGUGCAGAAGGUGUACAUUUGAGAGCCUGGCUACCUUCUAAUCUUCGGGCCUUUAUUGCUGCCAUCGAGUAUCAUUAUAGAAUUCCCGAGUUCGUCCAGCAGUCUGGCGACCCGCGACUGAUGGGUGUUUUGGACGGCAUUAUUGAGGCAUAUACAGGCGAAAGAGGUUUCAUGGGGACGCACCGCUAUAAGGUCUUUGGUAUUCUCGAAAUCGCUGCAAAGACAGGGCGAACGGAAACCAAUGGUGCGUCUGGCGCUGCAGAUGCGUCUCGCCCGUGGGAAGAAACCCAUAAACAGUUUUCGGACGCAAUGAAGGAACGUCUCGAGCCAUAUCGGGGUAACUUGCCAAUAGAACCGCACCAAAUGCGAGGAACCUUCGAAGAAUGUCGCUAUAUCACAAGAGUUCUAAACCGAUCCAAUGUCGAUUCCGAUCCAACACGGUCAAUUGGUCUCGUCACCUUAGAUAUUCAAGAUACGGGUAUUACUUUCAUGCCCGGUGAUCGUCUUGCAGUUAUGCCUCUCAACAGCUGGGAUGAAUGUGCAAAGGUUGCGGCAGCCUUAGGCCUGGAGACCCGCCUCGAUGACCCGGUUGAUGUGGCCGGUACAUGGUCCCGUUUUGAACAGCAUCUCACAUCUGUGAGAAGAAAGACGACAAUAAAGAAGUUGACGGUAGCCGAUAUCCUCCGCCGCGGUCACCUAGUACCUAUUACAAAAGAACUCGCUUUGAAGAUUCAUAGUCUACUUGCUGCAUCCUCAAACACUGUCCUCCAAGUCCUUGCCACGGAUGAGUGGCCUGUUCGAGGCUCACUGGGCGACAUACUACAAGAUGCCCUCAUGGAUACUCCAACUCACAUUUGGGAUAAGGCAUUUAGCCUGGACAACCUUUCGUGGCUAGCUGGUCUCAUCUCUGUUGAGAUCCCCCGUACAUAUUCGAUAGCUAGCUAUACUGAUGAACUUCUUCCCAGCACCGUUGACUUGGCUAUAUCGCGCGCCGAAUACAAGCUCUGCUCAACGUUCUCCAAACAAGAAGAUGUGGGACGCGCUGGCGUUGCAAGUGGGUUCUUCAACCCGUACCCGUCAUCAAAUGAGAUGGAAUCUGAUGACGAGAUCCUCGUUGGCGUUUCCCGGCCCAUGUCUUUCCAAUUACCUUUGGAUAACAUGGCUCCCUGCGCUUUCUUCGCUGGUGGUAGUGGAAUCGCCCCAUUCCGAAGCUUUUGGCAAUAUCGCCUGACCACCGACGGCUUGUCUGGGGGCAAGAACUAUUUGUAUCUUGGUGUCCAGUCGCGCGAGAAGUUUUGCUUCGAGGACGAAUUGAGAGAGUACGUGAACGCGGACUUUAUGGAGGUUCAUGUAGCUUUCUCAAGGGAUUCCAGGGGCCUUGCAUACGAUCCGCACUCGCGCGACCUAGUCGAGAAACAUAUUCCUCCCCGUUAUAUCGAUACCCUAAUCGUCGAGCAAAGUGCCACCAUCUCCGAUCUUGUUAUGUCAAAGAAACAGGGCGGCCUAGGUGGCUACCUUUACGUGUGCGGCUCUGUUGCCGUUUUCGAUUCUGUGAUGAAUGGAAUUCGCAAAGCAAUAUAUACCCACUGUACGGCAACUAUGGAAAACGUUGACCUAAUCGUCAACAAAGCAUUUGCAGAACGGCGGUUUAUGCUCGACGUCUUCAUGACUCCUAAGCCCCUUCCUUGCAACCUACCGACCAUCUCAUUAUCUCAACUUGCUCAACAUACUGGUCAUAGACCAGGAUCGCGGAUGUGGAUAGGAGUUCACGGAAGUGUAUACGAUGUAACUGAUUUUAGUCCUAUGCAUCCUGGAGGCACACAAAUCAUCAAGUCGAAUGCAGGCGUGGACUGUUCAAAGACGUUUGACAACCUAGCUCAUACCAAUAACCCCGAGGUAACUAGCCUUCUAAGCAAGUAUUUUGUUGGACAUUUAACACCCAAACCCGACUACCAAGACGGUGAGGAGGAAAUAUCUGCUUUAUACGAUAUUUGGGCCGCGUACCUAUGCACCAUCGUGGAGACGCUAGGGGCACAUCAAAUCGAGAUGCACGAGAUCCAGGGGGCAUCGAUCAAAACGUCCUCAUCGUAUGACCGUUUGGGGAGCACUAAUAUGUGGCUCCACGAGAACUUGCCCAGCACAAUCGCUAUUCGCGCUUUCUAUGGCUACCAGAGCAGAUUAUUACAAAUGGGAUUCCCUGCUCUCUUCGGAGCGAAGCUUCAAGAACUUGUUCUCAAGCUGUCGUUCAGCCUUGCUAACGCAGGUGGUGCAGGCGCAAAUAUCCAAUUGCCCGAUGUAUUAGGAGCGGUAGCCCGCGCGAAUACGGGUCCAGACGCCGUGUCCUGUAUGAACGAGGUAGCUCUUAUCGGUCAGUUUAUCAGCGGCGCCGAAAGUUCUCUCCGCUUCCAAGAACGCGGUGUCUUCGCUUAUGCAGCUAGGAGCGUAGAAUUGGACAUCGAAUUACUUGAAGAUCUUCGCCAGGAGAUCGGUACCGGUAUGGAUGCUUUCGACAGCAUCGCCAAUGCAUAUAACUCGGCCGACAAGAUGCAGGACCCGGACUUUGAAGCCAAUCGCAUGACAGCUCUUUCGACAUUCCUUCUUCAGAUCCUCGAGCGCAUUGCACGUCGACUUGGAAUCUUUUACGCCCAACUGGCUCAAUGCUCAGUCUAUAGACCUGAACUCGAACGAAACCCUGCCAGGACCCGUUGGGCUCUAGUGCGUAGAUGCAUUCGAGAUGGAAGUUUAUUCGUGAUGACACACAAAGCAGCCACUGACGUUCUCACCACGGGACAGCAAUCAUCCUACUACAUGUCGCGCGCCAACCCUAAUCAGAAUGUCGACUUCGACAACGUCAUGUCGCAGGUCCGAGCUACCCUAGGCUCAGCGCAAAUUGAUACACAAACCAGCAUCCCACAACAUCCUAUGACCCUAAGUGCCGUACACCAAGCUCGAGGAAGGAGCUCGGGAGAUGCUAUGCGGACGGGAGAGAACCCCGGGGCGCUCAAGGCUAUGAACAGCUUCGUGGAGAAGCAUAGCAAAGCGAUACGGCGACUCAGCAAAAUGCCUCCUAUGCCAAUGAACUUUGAGGAUUUGCAGAAGGCCAUGGCGCAGACGGGCUCACACACGCCUCCGGCUGAGCCUCAUGAAGCCAUGGCGAUGGGUCUCGGCAUCAAGAACCAAACGCUGAUCCCCGGACACGCUAGACUCCCGACUCCCCCAUCCAGCCGCGGAUCUAGCCGCUCACCGUCUCGCGUUCGGUCGUCCACCGGUAUGUCGCCCUCAGCCGAGAUGCUCCUUAGCAAGCUGAACCAAUCACGGUCGCGGUCGCGCGGAAACUCGCUGCAGAGCCAGCACUUAUCCCCCAUGAGCCAGAACUACAACCAACUCAACCACACCCCGCAACUACAAGCUCAAUAUCAACAGCAACAAAAUGCCCCCUACUACCCCGUCAUCGGCGGCCUCCCAACCCCGCACAUGAGCGCCGCUACUAACGUUCAUACCGGCCCCAAGAGCAACGUCCACGCAGCUAUGAGCUCUCUCAUGGGACAGCUGAAUACCAGGCGUCCGCGCAGUGAGGCCCCUGGUGCCGUGGGUAUUUCUGUGAACCUGCCCGGAGUCCGCCACGCGCGGUCCGCGUCGAGGUCCAGCGCGGGAAGCAUCGCGGGAAAUGGGCACGGUCAUUUCUCGAAGCAAUCGACGAAUUCGCUGCGCGCGUUCAAGCUUGGGGCGGUGGGCGGGGAGAGGUUUAUGCCUGCUUCCUAGGGGUUUAUUGGUUCCUCUACAUUGGGUCAAGUUAGGUUUCUUGGGGUGAGGUUUUGCUGUAUAGAUUCAUAUAGAUAUUGGAUAUAAGUACAUACAUAGAUGCUGGUCAUGUAAAAUUCUGUUCGUUCGGUGAU